UUGGUGACACUAUACAGCCUACUUUGUGACAUUGCCACUUUUAACUAAAAUUAAUUUUUUUACCAGGUCGCUAAAAACGAUAGAACGAUUUAAAUUCCAUAUAACAAUAGUGUACCGGCUACGUCACCUAGGUCAAUAUGACAAAAGCCGGUAGCAAAACAUCGCUCCUCAUACCAGAGCAGAGUUGAAAAUUAGGCAAACAGGUGUUUUAAGCGCAAAAAACCGUGAAAGAUUUUUUAACUAAGAUACAAUGCCAAGGGCGUACAAAAAAAAGAGGGGGCUACAGAAGGGAGAAGGGCUACAAAAACUAUACAGAAGAAACGUUAGCUGAAGCUCUUAAUGAUAUAAAAAAUAAACGAACAUCAUUACGCGGUGCUGCGGAAAAAUAUGGUAUACCUACAUACUUUAUGGCUGAAAAUUAAAGAACGGCACAAAAACAGACCUGGACAACAAAAAGUAUUUACCGACCAAGAAGAAGAUGCCUUUGCCGCCCAUAUUAUCACUGUGUCAACUUUUGGUUAUCCCGUAAGCACAUUUGAUCUAAAAUGUAUAGUUAAAUCGUCUAUAGAACGUCAAGGCAAAAAAGUUAAGCCUUUUAAAAACAAUAUGCCAGGACCUGACUGGGUCAAGUCCUUUUUGAAGCGACAACCGCAACUUUCACAGAGAAUCGCGCAGAAUAUUACACAUGCUAGGGCUGCCACUGAUGAAGAAAAUGUAAAAAAUUUCUUUGAUAAUUUGGAGGCUGAGUUAGAAGGAAUUCCUGCAGAAAAUAUAUGGAAUUAUGACGAAACAAACCUUGUUGACGACCCAGGCCAGACAAAAAUAAUAACCAAAAGGGGAACAAAGUACCCUGAGCGAAUCAGAAACUCUUCCAAAGCCUGUACUUCUCUAAUGGUAUGCGGAAAUGCCGAGGGUCAAUUAGAUCCACUUUAUAUUAAUUAUAAAUCUCAAAAAUUAUGGAAUACAUGGAUUGAAAAUGGACCCGCAAACGCGACAUAUGAUAGAACGGCUUCGGGAUGGUUUGACUACCAAGUUUUUGAGGAUUGGUUUUUAAAUCUUAUGCUGCCAAUAUUAAAACGGCAAGAAGGGCGAAAGGCCCUUAUAGGAGAUAAUCUUAGCUCGCAUUUAAAUCAGCAGGUCAUUGAAGCAUGUGAAACUAAUAAUAUUCGCUUUAUACCUUUACCUCCUAAUACAACGCAUCUACUCCAACCACUUGACGUGGCCUUUUUUCCGCCCAAUGAAGCAAAAAUGGCGCAAAAUUUUAAACGAGUGGAAGGCAAGCAACUACGGCAGCAGAGUCUCUUCGAUACCAAAGGAUGAAUUUCCAAGCCUUUUAAAAAAGCUGAUGAGUCAGUUAGAAGAAAGAGGACCUGAUAGCCUAAGAUCUGGUUUUAGAAAGACAGGCAUUUAUCCUUUAGAUCGAAACGAGGUCAUGGACCGUUUAUGCACUUGUAUUGUACCAGCAGAUACCGAAAUAGCUGAGGUUGUGGGUAAUAGUUUUAUUCAAUACCGUACCAAUGUAAGGACUGACGCAACCAAAGGGAGGCAGAUCAAAAGAAGAAAGCGCCUAAACGUUCUACCAGGUAAAAGCAUAAGUAGUAGUGAUUUUAGCAUCUUGGUACUUGAAGAAAGAACUGUAGCCCAAAAAGCA